AUGCGACUUUUAAACACGAAAACACUAGUAAUCGAGGAGUUUUAUGGCGAUGUCCCACCUUAUGCAAUAUUAUCACAUACGUGGGGCGACGGGGAGGCCUCAUAUGUUGACUUCGUCGAGGGUAGAGCCUCUUCCCUUGAGGGCUACCAAAAGAUUCUAGGAUGUUGCGACCAAGCCAUGCGUGAUGGUCUAGAAUAUGUGUGGAUAGAUACUUGUUGUAUUGAGAAGCAAAGCUCUGCUGAGCUCUCGGCAGCUAUUAAUUCCAUGUUUAAUUGGUACCGGUGUUCAGUGGUUUGCUACGCUUAUCUAGAGGAUGUCCAAAGUACGCAUAUGGAGUAUUAUUCGAGUUUCAAGGCGAGCCGUUGGUUUACUAGGGGCUGGACUCUUCAAGAGCUUUUAGCCCCAUUCACCGUAGUCUUUUUCUCAUCCGACUGGGAGAAUAUUGGAACCCGAGAUAGUUUGCAAGAAAUCAUUGCCGAAAUAACCAACAUCAAUCGAGAGUUCUUUGAGACCGGUAAUUUGGCCGAUUUCAGUAUCGCCCAAAAGAUGUCUUGGGCGUCGCUCAGGCAAACAACGCGAGUCGAGGAUCAAGCCUAUUGCCUGCUCGGGCUGUUCGGAGUUAGCAUGCCCUUGAUAUACGGCGAAGGCGAACGAGCCUUUAUACGACUCCAAGAAGCAAUUAUCAAAGAAUCCGAUGACCAUUCGAUUUUCGCUUGGACUAAUGCGACACCAAGGUAUCCCGAUACUAAAAUAGUGCGUGGUGGUCUCUUGGCUCCUUCUCCCGCUCCAUUCGCGAACUCUAGAAGUAUUGUAAGGACCCAAGUUGACGAAGGCAUAUCACCAUACACGAUCACAAAUGCUGGCCUCCAAAUUUCUCUACCGGUGGUUAACUUUUCGUCAAGUACUGAAAUACCAGUCACUCGCUCGCGAGGGAGUAAAGGAUCGGUUUCUUUUAUCAUAAAUGUGCCACGCGGUCAGAGUAUUGCCUUCUUGAACUGCCAUCAUAAGGGAGAUCAUGCUUUUCGGAUCGCGAUCUUUCUGGAACGGCCGCAGGUCCAACUAAAGCUCGAGCGGCCAUACCAACGAGUCAGGUGCAACUUCGGAAUUCUUUCGAUAGAAUGGAUAAAAGUAUUCCGUGUGCUACGACAGCAGUCGCUUCUAAUAGAAACUCACAAUUUAUCAGAUGCAGCUCUCACGCGGCCCAAUAAACGUGAAAAACUCGUCAUUAUCGAGCUACCGAAGUCCCCUAUAUUCAAUUUCAAACUCAAGAGAAACGGAUCCGGACCUUUAUGGAGAUGUCAAGGUACAUGGACCUUAACGCUAGCUAUUCCGUGGAGGCGAGAAGGGUUCAGUACGACGUUCCCGAUUUUAUUCGAACAUCCCCAAGGAGGGGCAUUCAUCAUUCUGGUGGUUAUCCGGAGCGGGGACGGUGUCGUCCCUUGUACUGCUCACCUUAUUCAAAACUUCAGAAUGCCUCACGAUGGAGAGGAUACGUCUUGGUACGAUAGCGGUAAUGGAAUUUUGGAGUGCUAUCAGGAGUCGCCGGACGGGCGUCUCCAAUUGAGCCUCGACGUAAGAGAAGCUGCGCAUGCGUCAAUCAUUAAGUUAAACGCCUGUGCCGACUCUAAUGGCAUGGAAAUAAUUAAGAGCGGCAUUGUAUCCCGUCCAGGCGUUCGUAAGGCGCUCCCUGCCCCUCCCGGGUCUUAUUAUCCGACAGAUUCUCUCUAUGGUGGCUUCGGGGUGAAAUGA